ACACUUUCGCAAGUAAGCGCCACGUGCGAGGCUCGAGGGAGGCCUGUCCUGCAUUUUCGGACGCGACGAAAUCUUUCAACCAAUUCGUAACAUGUCGGAUCUGUUUGACACCGGCUCCUUUUCCGACAAAGACGGUAAGGGGCUCGAUCCCGAGUUAACGGAGCUUUUGAUGGUCGAGAAGCAAAAGGCGCAGUUUAACGCACAGAUUCACGAGUUCAACGACUUUUGUUGGGACAAAUGCGUCGAUAAGCCAGGCAGUAAAUUGGACGGCCGUACAGAGACAUGUAUUAAUAAUUGCGUCGAUAGAUUCAUAGACGUUUCCCUCUUUGUUACGAAUCGUUUUGCGCAGUUGCUACAAAACUCUAUAAAGUAACACUUCUGUAACACCUGCACUGUUAAGGAAUACACCAUGUAUGCGUUGAAAAUGAAUUUUAUCAACCGCAUAAGAUUGAUAAUCGUAAAUAUUAAAUGUAACGUCGUAUUGUUAAUUUAAUAUUUGUAAAUAUACAAUAAAUAAAAUUAUAAUAUUGUAACA